AUGAUUUCACAUACUCCCCAGAAGAAUAGGGCCAGGCUAUCUAUAGGCAAUGGGUUUGGUGAUGAUUUGGAUAUAUCAAGUUCAUCAUAUCUAUCGAAUAUAUCCCAUAGCUUUUCCCCGGGAGGAAUUGAGUCAGUGACGAAGAAUUUACAUCAAUCAGUUGACGAGAAACCCAUCAAAGUGAUCACAAGAAUCAAGCCUGAUCUCGAUUCUAUCAUUGAUAGUUCAGAUAAUACCGUGACUGUUGACACCGGUAAAGAAACCUUAUCAUUCAUGUUUGACAAAGUAUUCGAUUUCACUUCUCAACAACAAGAGAUCUAUGAUUAUCUGAUAAAAGAAACCGUAGACGACGUUUUCAAAGGUUACAAUGGUACUAUCCUUGCCUAUGGUCAAACAGGGUCGGGUAAAUCGUAUACUAUGCUAGGACCAGAUAUUGAAGGAUCACAGAAAGGGAUCAUUCCUAGGAUAGCCGAUGAGAUCUUUCAAAAGAUAAGGAAUGGUGAUAAGAUAGAGUACACUUUAACCUUAUCAGUGAUGGAAAUUCAUCUUGAUCAGAUCAAUGAUUUGUUGGUAGACAACCCAAAAUUAUCAAUCCAUGAGGAUAAAGAAGGUGUUUACGUGAAAGGCUUAUCGAGUAUCUCCAUCACCAAUGCAUUUGAUCUUUAUAAUGUGAUCAAGUUGGCACUGAAACAUAGGAAGUCUCAUAAUACAAAUAUGAACAUAGAAUCCAGUAGAUCACACGCUAUCUUCGAGAUCAAGCUUAAACAGAACCUAGAUGAUUUGACCAAGACGUCAAGAUUAUUCCUUAUAGAUUUGGCAGGAAGUGAGAAGGUCGAUAGGACAGGAGCCUUUGGCCAAACAUUAAAGGAAGCUAGAAAUAUCAAUUCUUCAUUAUCCACAUUGGGGAAUGUUAUCAAUGCACUUAAUGAUAGGAUGGCUCAUGUUCCAUAUAGAGAUUCCAAAUUGACAAGAAUUCUUCAAGAGUCUCUAGGAGGUAAUUCUCAUACAACACUUAUUUUGAAUAUAAGUCCCAGUAAAGUGAAUGAAUUGGAGACUUUGAGUACCUUAAGGUUUGGUUCCAGAGCCAAGAAUAUCAAGAAUCAUGCUCAUAUUAAUAAGGAAUUGAGUGUAGAAGAACUAAAGACCAGACUUGAUCACAUGAUCAAGUUGAAUGAAAAGAAUAGGUUAUAUAUUGAGAGUUUAGAGAAAAAAUUGGCAAUUUCCGAUGCAGGGAUACCCAGACAGGACUUUAAUACACCAGUGAAGGUGUUAGUAUCCCCAAGAUUAUCCGAUUCUCCAAGUAGAACACCUGUUUCCCCUAGCGGUUUUUCGCCAGGAACCAAUACGUCUUCUCCAACUGCAAGUAGAAUUCCUAUUUCUCCUAAAUAUCUGGAAUCUCGUAUUCCAAGCUUUAACUUCAAGGAGAAGCUUCUCGACAAGGAUAACAGGAUCAAGCAAUUAGAGCAAGAACUUCUCAGUCAUCGAACUAAAACUAUGGAAAUAUCCAAUGACGAGGAAAUCAAACUUAACAUUCUCGAGAAGUCUUUGAACAAACUCAAUCAGAAACUCAAGGAUGUAGAAAUCAUUAAUAUCAAUCUCCGAAAACAUCUCAUGAUAAAUGAGAGACUUAUAGACCAGAAACAGGAAACCAUCGAUAGACUUAAUAAAAUACUUGACGAGCAGAACAAAGUCAAUCUUGAAGAGAAAUUAUAUGGAUUGAGAGAGAGAUUAGAACCUGCUAGUCCAAGAUCAGGGCUUGAUUUGAAAAUUAUACGUCCUAUUAUUGGUGGUGAAGAUAGUGAUUAG